GAAAUUAUACAGACAUAUCCGCCAUGCAAAUGGAAAAUUAAGUUCCUAAAUUAUAGUAGUUAUAUUUCUUGUACUCCUUUUAAAAUUAUUAUCAUCUUUUGAUUCUAUACCUGAAGAAGCAGCUUAUUAUUUUUCAAUUCUGAUUUGUAAGAUUUAAUUGAAUAGUGGGUCUUGAUUUGAUUUUUGGUUUUAUUUCUGGAAUUUUGUUUUUGGUGAAUUGUGUUUUUUUUUAAGGUUGAAUUUAGUGGAAAGAUUUGAACUUUAGAAUGAAAAAAGUUGGAUUUUCUGGUUAAUUGUUGAUUCUGUGAUCAUUUGGUGAGUUGGGUUUUGGUGAAUUUAUUGGUAUGUUUCUCUGUGUGGAGGAUUUUGUUGAAGUUGUCCACAUUAGGAGGUGAAUUUUGUACCAAAUUUGAACUUUAGAAAGGAAAAAAGUUGGAUUUACUGGUUAAUUUUUUAUUCUGUGAUCAUUUGGUGAGUUGGGUCUCGUUUUUCUUGUCGAAAUUAGUGGGUUUUAUCUCAGUUUGGGGGAUUUUGUUGAAGUAGUCAGCAUUAGGAGGUGAGUUUUGUACCAAGAUUUGAACUUUAGAAAGGAAAAAGUUGGAUUUUUUGGUUAAUUGUUGAUUCAGUGAUCAUUUGGUGAGUUGGGUCUCGUUUUUCUUGUCGAAUUUAGUGGGUUUCAUCUCAGUUUGGGGGAUUUUGUUGAAGUAGUCAGCAUUAGGAGGUGAGUUUUCUAUCAAGAUUUGAACACUAGGAAGAUAACAUUUGCAUGUGUAUGAGAAGAAUGAGGACAAUGAGAGGUGAAGUAGGAGUAUUGAGGGAACAACAAUGACUACAGAGUCAUUGGGUUUCUGUCCUUCUGGAAGUUAUGGUUCUUUUGCUGCAAUAAUUCUGCUACAUCACAAACUACACCCUGAAAGCCACCAAAAAUGUUUAAGGAGAAAGAAGGAUUGUUCCCCGGGAUUCACAAAUUCGCACCAAGAAAGAAGGUGGGGAUGCUUCUACUGUGUGCAGUUUCGCUAGCAGUUUUCCUGUGGGUCGUGUUUGUUGACAAAGGUGAAGCACAAGAAAGUAACCCUCCCAUAGGCAAUAGGUUAUUUCAAGAAGCUGGACAAAAGGAUAAUUCUACUACUAUUGAGUCGGUAGAACGAACUAAUGCUGGACAAAGUGCAUCGACUGUCAAACCUCCUCCUCCUGUAUAUUUUAAAGGAUACACUCUUCCUCGUGGGAAUCCAUGUGAAAGCUUCACGUUGCCACCCCCUCCAGCAGAUAAAAAGAGGACUGGACCAAGGCCAUGUCCAGUAUGCUAUCUUCCUGUUGAACAAGCUAUUGCACUAAUGCCUGAUGCACCAUCCUUUUCUCCUGGGGUUAGCAAUUUGGCUUACAUUCAUGAAGAAAAUUCAGAGAAACCCGAGUUUGGAGGAUAUCCUUCACUGAUGCAAAGGAAUGAUUCAUAUGAUGUAAGAGAGUCCAUGAGUGUGCAUUGCGGAUUUGUUAAAGGAAUCAGGCCUGGACAUCAAACAGGUUUUGACAUUGAUGAUUCUGACCUUCAUGAGAUGGAAUCUUGUCGAGGUGUCGUUGUGGCAUCAGCAAUAUUUGGCGCUUUUGAUUUGAUAAGGCAACCAAAAAAUAUCAGUGAAUAUGCCAAGAAAAAUGUCUGCUUCCAUAUGUUUGUGGAUGAACAAACAGAAGUUUUUUUAAGAAACUCUAGUGAGCUAGAUGGUUCCAUGAGAAUUGGCUUAUGGAGAAUUGUCACUGUUCACAACCUCCCUUAUGAUGAUCCGAGGCGAAAUGGGAAGGUUCCAAAGCUUCUGCUUCAUAGGCUCUUUCCCAAUGCUCGUUAUUCUCUAUGGAUUGAUGCAAAACUUGAGCUGGUUGUCGAUCCCUAUCAAAUACUUGAAAGGUUCUUGUGGAGAAAAAAUGUCAGCUUUGCAAUAUCAAAGCAUUAUAGGCGCUUUGAUGUGUUUGUAGAAGCAGAAGCUAACAAAGCUGCUGCAAAGUUUGACAAUGCUUCCAUUGACUUUCAAAUUGAAUUCUAUAAAAAGGAAGGUCUAACUCCUUAUUCCGCAGCUAAACUUCCUAUUACAAGUGAUGUCCCUGAGGGAUGUGUAGUAGUAAGGGAGCACAUUCCAGUUUCCAAUCUCUUUGCUUGUCUUUGGUUUAACGAAGUGGAUCGUUUUACUCCAAGAGACCAAAUUAGCUUCGCCAUUGUGAGGGACAAGAUCAUGUCAAAGACAAAUUGGACAUUGAAUAUGUUCUUGGACUGUGAAAGACGCAAUUUUGUGGUUCAGGGGUACCACCGUGACAUUCUUGAGCACUGGUCUUCCCCACCUCCCCCUGGUGCUACUGAAAUUGUUCAUCCUCCACCGCCUGUACCUGAUGAAACCCCGCAGACCUCAAGCAACAUUACAACGUCAAGUUCAGUUAAUGAGCCAUUAAAGAAGGUACCCUCAAAGCGCGGGAGAGACAGGAAAAAGCGUCAUAGAAAAGUUAUUGGAAAUUUUGCUUAAGCAAAUUCUUAUUUUUUCCCCCUUACCUGUUACAAGGAUAUGAAUUUUGGGGCUAGGAACUGAGAUACAUGAGCAUUAUAGCUUUUAACACAAUGAAGGUAAUCAAGUUUAGGUGUCAAAUUUAUUCAUUUUUUGUUGUAUAUAAUUGAAGGCUUAACAUUUCUUUUUUCCUAUCAUAGCAAUAUCAUACUGGAAAUAGAACUUUCAA